AUGGAAAAACACAACGAGAUUGAAGAAAUUGUUAAUAGAGAGGGUGAAAACAGAAUAAAUGAAGAUGAAAGAACAAGUGGAGAUGAGAAAAAUGACGGAAUGAGCGAAGAAAAAGAACAUAAUGAGAUUGACAAAAGAGAGAGUGGGCGGAAUGAAAGUACAGAUGAGGCAAAAAAAACAAAGGAAGAAGUCGAGGAGGUUGAUAUCCACGAAACAGAAAAAGCCACACCUUUGAAUAAUAACAAGAAAGAACAACUCACCGAAGAGCAACAAAAAGAUUUGGACCAAAUGAUGUCGAGUCUUAAAGAUGUUGGUAACUCCGUUUUGGGGUGGUUUGGCCUUUCAACAGACAAUUUCGCUGUUAACCAAGACCCGAAGACUGGUGGAUAUUCCAUCCAAUUUGUGCAAACCCCAACACAGUAA